GCCCCUCCACCAGCUGGCCCUCUCUGUGUCCCGCCCCUUCUCUCUGCAUGCCCUUUAACCUUCCUGCCUUGGUAUAUAUAGUCUUUGUGACUAUCAGAGUUCUCCUGGCAGCCAUCAUGAAGGGUACAGUCUUGAUCUGCUGUUUCCUCUCCCUGCUGCUUUUGCAGGCCACAGCAGGUAAGAGUUUUGAUGAAGAAGUGGAAGAUUUCACCACCGUCCUCAGAGACAGAUCUCACAUCGACGAGACGCUGCGACUUGCAACUGAGGAAAAAGCAGGAGACUAUGCAGCGGCUCUGGAGAGGUUGCGGAAGAUCUACCACACGUCCAUCAAGCCGAUGGAGCAGGCCUACAAAUACAAUGAGCUGAGGCAGCACGAGAUUUCAGAUGGAGAGAUUACCUCUAAACCCAUGGUGCUGUUCCUGGGACCCUGGAGUGUAGGAAAGUCCUCCAUGAUCAAUUACCUCCUGGGCAUGCACGACAGCCCCUAUCAGCUUUACACAGGAGCUGAGCCUACUACCUCUGAGUUCACUGUAAUUAUGCACGGGGAGAAGAUCCGCUCUGUUGAGGGUAUUGUUAUGGCAGCAGACAGCUCUCGGUCCUUCUCUCCCCUGGAGAAGUUUGGCCAAAACUUCUUGGAAAAGCUGAUUGGUAUUGAGAUGCCCCACAAGCUGCUGGAACGUGUGACUUUUGUGGACACACCAGGAAUCAUUGAGAACAGGAAGCAGCAGGAGAGAGGCUAUCCUUUCAAUGAUGUUUGCCAGUGGUUCAUAGACCGUGCUGACCUGAUCUUCGUGGUGUUUGAUCCCACCAAGCUGGACGUUGGCCUGGAGCUGGAGAUGCUCUUCCGGCAGUUGAAGGGUCGUGAAUCCCAGAUUCGCAUCAUCCUAAACAAGGCUGACAACCUGGCCACCCAGGACUUAAUGAGAGUCUAUGGAGCGCUCUUUUGGAGCUUAGCUCCUCUCAUCAAUGUGACUGAACCCCCCCGCGUCUACGUCAGCUCUUUCUGGCCAUAUGACUAUGCCCCUGACACCAGCCGUGAGCUCUUCAAGCGAGAAGAGAUCUCCCUCCUGGAAGAUCUGAAUCAGGUGAUUGAAAACCGCAUGGAAAACAAAAUCGCCUUCAUCCGGCAACAUGGCAUCCGCGUGCGCAUCCACGGCCUGCUGGUAGACCGCUACGUCCAGACCUUUAAAGAGAAGAUGAGCUUCUUCAGUGACCCUGAUCUAGUCUUCAAGGAGAUUGUGGACGACCCAGACAAGUUCUACAUUUUCAAAUCCAUCCUAGCCAAGACCAAUGUCAGCAAGUUUGACCUGCCCAACCGCGAUGCUUACCGUGACUUCUUUGGCAUUAAUCCAGUCACCAACUUCAAGCCCCUGACGGCUCAGUGCUCUUACAUGGGAGGCUGUCUGCUGGAUAAGAUUGAGAGGGCAAUCACCAAUGAGCUGCCUGCCCUUCUGAGCAGCAUUAACUCUGGCAAGCAGCCUGGCCUGUCCUCCUGUGAGGCCACUGGUUGUGGUGAAAAGCCAAAGAAUCGUUAUCGGAAGAACUGAGGAAAACACAAUAACUUGAGUGGGGGAAGUAAGAAGAGAAAGUGUCUGAUGGAAGCCAACCCUGUUUUUGUCAGAAUGCCUGUAUUGUUGAGGAGACAGAAGAGAGGAGAUUAGUGUUUGUUUUUUUCCUCAGGAGAAUAUGGGGAGGUGCAUUUAGGAACCAUGGGAAUGAGGCAGAUAGAGGGAGGGAAGGGUCAUUGUUUGAUAAGGCAGCUUAAGGACACAAGUGCUGAAGAAAUGAGAACAUGCCACUGAUCACUGAGUUUCGUUUAAAUACACGCCCUCCUCUCUCCCUUGCACAAUCACAGUGGACUGUCUGGAAUUUUUGGGGGAUUGGGGAAGUGAUGAUGUGAUGAAACACAGACACAGAAAAAAUAAAAAUUUAAAAUCCCAAGACUGAAAACAAUCAAAUACCAGCUCCCUUGUAUGUGAAUAAAACGGGAAAAGUGGAAACAGGAGUUACAAAUUUGUGUUGUAAAAUCUUGAGAAUUACAUUGCAGAAAGUCAAUUCCAUAAGCUUCAGAAGCUGUUUUUUAAGUAGCCAUUUUGUGGGUGCUAUACAAAGCGUCUGUAUUUGGGAAAUCUGCUUUUGACAUAAAUAGAACAUUAACAUUGCAUGUUAGGUGUCACGUCGUAUUAAACAAAUGCAUGCAUUUCCUUCUAACAUAAAGUUUAAGUAAUAUUUCCUCAUUUAACUGAAACUAGAACCCUGCCAUGCAACAAAUACGGCCUUUUUUCUUAGUUUUG